CAUUGUAGAAACAGCUGUAGACCGUGAACCGUAGAGUGCGGGUCUGACACGGAUUACCUGGAUACCGGCUUGAAGUCUGGGUGGGCAUCAGUGAGCGAGAGACAGAAAGGCAGCGCGCCUGUAACUUUUUACUGAAUUAAAUUAUUUCUUUUUAAUGGAAACAUCUCCUGCAACAUCAACCAUGGCGAGCCGGCUUCUUCACACUCUGUAUUUAUUACUGAUUCUGGAGUCGAGCUGGAGUAAAAUCGUGCUGGAGGAUCUUGGUGAAGCCGUGCGUCAAGGUGCCGAUGUCUCACCGGCUGUGGAGGAGCGCGUCUUGGCGCACGAAAGCGCAAACCGAGACAUGGUCUCUAUCAACAUGUUCAAAGUGUACGAGAAGUACAGUAAAGAGCCGCAGAGCCAGAGGGACGGAAACACCGUGAGAAGUUUUAAAGCUGUCCCGAGAGUCUUGCACGGGAAAGAGGUGUUCCAGUUCAACUUGUCCUCCAUCCAAGACUCAGAGCUCAUCCUCCUCGCCUCUUUUCAUUUCCUCCACAAGCGGCCCCGCCACCACCAGCGACCGUGGCGUUUCCGAAGGCCUCGCCACUCGUCCAGCGGCCUCCAGCAUCCUUAUCCUCCCUCCCCACUUCUCCUCUUCCACGGAUCAUCCUCAAAAUCUUUUGCAACACCUCUGGGAAACAUAACUCUGGCGCCCUUCAAGAAAGGCUCUUGGCAAUCAAGGGAUGUUACAGCAGUGCUGAAACACGCCAGGGAUGUCAAAGAACUUGUGGUUAUGGUGGAGUUUGAUAUGGGGUUUGGGGCAUCUAGGGGGCAACAAAAGAGCCCUCAUGGCCAAGAGCGCCUCUCUCCAGCCAAUCUGCCGUAUAUCUUGGUAUACGCUGAUGAUCGAGCUAUAGAUGAGCCGAACAGUGUGGCCAAUUCACUCCAGCGGUACGGACCCUUCCCUGUAGCAGAAGACACCUCAGCUUCAGCCUCAAGGAUUCGGAGGGAGCUUCAUCUCCAGAUCCAAACCAACGACAUUCCAGAAGUCCAGUACAACACUAUGAAGAAUCAUGAAUUGUGGCAGAACACGUAUUUCCCAGCGAAAGCCAAAGCAGCAGUGAAACCGGGAAGGAAGCAAGGUCAGGAGAGCAGCGAGGGCCUGGGUAAGCCUCAGGUGCUGAGCUUCGAUGAGAGGACGAUGAAAAAGGCCAGGAGGAGACAGUGGAGCGAGCCCAGAGUGUGCUCCAGGCGCUACCUCAGGGUGGACUUUGCUGACAUUGGCUGGAGUGAGUGGGUUUUGGCGCCAAAGUCGUUUGAUGCCUACUACUGCGCCGGGGCCUGUGGAUUCCCCAUCCCAAAAGUGGUGCGUCCUUCCAAUCACGCCACCAUCCAGAGCAUCGUCAGAGCAGUGGGAAUCGUCCCUGGUGUCCCCGAGCCGUGCUGCGUUCCAGAGAAAAUGAGUCCCCUCAGCGUUCUUUUCCUUGAUACAAGCAGGAAUAUGGUGCUAAAGGUUUACCCCGGCAUGUCUGUGGAUACCUGCGCCUGUCGGUAGGGCCGGAGCCACUGGAUGUGCGAUUAAUGAAGAUAAAAGAUCACAAUGGGACGUAGAUGUAGACUGAACAUUUCCACAUCAGAGAGGACAGUCGAGGAUAAACUGAUACGACGCACAGAGCACCAGUUCUUGAGUCUCAGUUUGAGAACUCUUUUCUGAAUCUUGGACUAGUCUCUGUCAUGAUCAGACGUUGAUUCAACUUUUUACAGCUUAUCUAACAGUUAACAUAGAUUAGUCUCAAUUAUUUAAUCUCUGAAAGCAGUUUUAAGAAGUGCACUUAAUAGAAACCUGUGUAUGUAAUGUAUUAACCAGCUGGACGCUGAAGUUAAGACACAACUCCUGCAGGUAUCUUCAUCUCUGUUGAUCCUUCUGAAACUUUUUUAGUCCUUUUUCACUUUUAUAAAGUGAGCUUGCCUGUUUUAUUAUUAGAAAAGAUAAGACUUGAUUUUCUCUGGACUCAGACCUGGACUCAGACCUGGUUUUGGACUUGGUUACAAUUUGGAGACUGCAUUUCAGAAGUUUCUGUGUCCUCAGCCGCUUGCCCCUCUUUGUCUUUGGGAUUCAGUGAACUGCAAACUGACUCAUAGACUCAGGAGGGUCUGGGAGACACAGCAUGGACAUUUACACACUUACAUCCUAUCUGAUUAAUCAACCCUCAUUAUGUAAAUACAGUAGUUACUAACUAAAUGGUACUCAUUCUUAAGUGUUGUGUCAGACUGAGUGACGCAUUGUUUCCAUGAACACCUCCCGUAUAUAAGCAAGAAGCGGUAUUCAUGCAUGAGAGGCAAUAUCUUCUUAUCUGAACUAUAUUUCAGUUUGUUUAUAUCUUGUAUAUAAUGAGUGUAUUUUGACACCUACUGAGAUUUAAUGUACUGCAAGUGUUGAGUAGUUUCUGCACCAUGUUACAGCACAGGGGAAAAGCAGUGCGUUGCCGCCACCUGCUGUGCAUUUUGGGUAAGUUAAAGGAACUAAGACAGUACUGUUUGUUAAAGCUAUGUACAGUUUGUAAUAAUGGUAGAUUUCCAUAGUAAUUAGAAAACAACAAAUGUAUCUGACCUUAUAACUGUAUGGUUAAAAGUAUAUUUGAAUAGUUAUGUGAAGUGUGCUUUAACGAAUUAUAGAUAUAAUGUACGCCUGGAAAGGAAAUAAACUGA